CCACUGUCAACAUCCACAACACAACUUGCAUUUCUAGAUUGAACUGAGGGCAACGUAUCAAUAUCGUUGAUGGAAGUGAGUAAUCAUUUCGCCGUUGGUUAUCGAUGUGGAAUAUGCAACUGGCCGCUGUCAGAUGCAGAGGAGGAUCCAGUCUACCUGCUUGUGGGAAACAGUGAUUCAACAGGUUUCGUCAAACACCUUGGUCCAUUUUAUUACCCUCCUCUUAACUAUCAUCGUAACCUAAACGGGAGCGUGUAUCUAUGUCGAACACCAGACUGCAGCGACUGUACUGAGUCCUCGGAAGCGGUGGCGGUGCACAACGACUGUUUCGGCUCAAUUCCAAAACUAACCACCGUCUAUACUAUAGACCAUUUAUGGAUUACAAUUUCUUGGCGGUCACCAUGGCGCCAAGCGCCGUACUUUCAACUGGAAGACAUGACACCAAAGCCGGACUUUGCUGCUCUCGACAAGCUUGGCAUACCAUUAAUAAGACGGCUCCCUCCUGAGAUUGUUCAUAUUAUCUACAAAUAUUCACAAACUAGUGACUUCUGGCGAUACUGUGAUAUGUUCAGUCUGGGUCGAAGCUUGGUUCCUUUGUCGAAGCCACCUUUCUCUGUGCCUCUCGGCGACAUCUCUACUUGGACCCGAGGGGGUCAAGUUGAGCGUAUCACAGACCAAGGCUUACCAAUUAUUCGAUUGACUAUUGAUUCAUGGGGGCUCAAGAAAAUAGAAAGCCUCUCAAGCUACCCGAAAUUCAAAAACUGGCGUACAGAUCAUUUGAGAUAUGUCGUGACAGAUCGCAGCAAGGUUAAUGGCAUCCUUGCACAUUGUCUUGGCGGGAUAAUGCGACUACAAUUUCCCAAGAUGCCGUAUCCGGGCUUUCAAACAUGGGAUACCCCGACCCCUCCAAACAUGGAGGAAUGUGCCCUUUUCGCAUGGUAUAUGACUGAACAGACACAGUUCAGAGUGAUUGAUUUAGACCAAGUAUUUGGUCUAACUUUCUUUUGCCAUGAAGGCAAUCUUUAUGAUAUCCAUGUUCACACGAAGAUGUCGCCUUGCGCAAAACCAACCUAUCACAAAUUAUCCGGCCGCCGUCAAUUGAAUGUUGUUUGGGUGUAUGUCCCCAUAUCCAAGACAGAUUCCAUUACCGUGAUGGGACAAAGAGUUUUAAAGCGCGAGAACAGCAUUCCAUCUCGUAUCUGUGUACUCUUACGACUACGGCUUGCUGGCGACAUAUUUGUCGCUCUUUCUGCCGCCGAUUAUAACGGAGAUUUGCGGUUCAGUCAAACAAAUCCACAGAAUUUUAUUUAUAGCGUACCAGAUUCGCGGGCGUUAUCAGUCUUUGGAGUAUUUACACCGGAACCAGAGCUUGUGGCAUCUGUAAAGGCCUUUCACUAUCCAAUCAGAGAUGAUCCGCCAAUCGACCGUGCUUACUUCGCCGCAGCUCCCUUAAGCCACAUAGACGAUUUAAAAGUCUUUCAUGACGCAGAGACUGGCUCUUGCGUGGGUAUAUUAUUGAGAUACAACAACGGCGCUGAACGUUGUGUGGGACAAUGCCGACUCGGUGUGGACAACGUUCAAUACUUUGAGAGGCCUAAUCGAAUCUGUCUUCGGAAAAUAGAGUCUGACUUCGACACCGAUGAUCCAGAUGAAUUCGAUACAGUACCCCCAACCCAGAAUGCCCUGGUUUCAGCUGCGUGUAAUGCAGAUCAUGAUCAUGCUGAGCCUGGAUGGGCAUGUCUACCUAUGCGAGGGGAGCUGCAAUGCUGGUUCUCCUGCGAAGAGACCGAUGUCCGUGUGAUGGUGGAUUAGCUUGACCUCUUUUUCCACUUACUCGUAUACAAACACCGGGAUUGAUAUUCUUCGCACCUCCCACGAGUGUACCUAAGAAUCUUUGUACUUUAUGUCCAACGCUGUACUAGCAUAUCAUCUACAGAUGGCAGUUGUCGAAAGCUCUCUGCCCAAUCAAGAGCAGGCAGCCUCGGGCGGCGCUGUUCCGUUUGACCGUUGGCUGGGCGCUAAUGCCGGGCAGUAGGGUCCCUGGCGUCCCAUAAUCCCCCAAUGCGGGAUGCGUAUGUGUGUGCAAUAUUCGUGGUGGGCGGGCAUGGUGGCGGCGCCGGACAAGAGCAGACAGUGCAGGUGUGCGUGCUGCGUGUGAAAUAUUGGCAGGGAAGACAGCGAAUAAGCUGCAGGCAAAAGGCUAAAGAGGAGGAUAGAAGGAACCGAAAAGAAACUAAAGGCGCUAUGCCAACACUAGCGCCGCGGGGUGGCAGAUGCAGGUGGCGAUGUGGUGGGUUUGAGGAGCAGAGUUGCUGCUGCAGGUGGCGAGCGGGGUACGUGUGUGGUCUGAAGUAUACCGUGUGGCCAGGAGCGUUACUUUCUGUGCCUAGGUUGUGAAGAGCAUAAUUAGUGGGUAAAACCAUGUAAGCAUAAUUUGCUUCUAUCAUGUUGCCAUAAAAUUGGCAUUGAAGCUGUGAAUAUGAUCAUUUGGCAAUGAGAGCGGCAAAGGGAGCGCUAUCGCAUGGUUGCUUGCUUGCUAGUUGGCCGUAUUUGGAUGCAGGCCCGGCCCAUGUGGCAGGGAAUCUAGACCUAGAACGGGCUUGGUCAACGGAGGAUUGGGCUUGGUGAAAGGAGAAUGAUGGACGACGGGAAUUGGCACUGGCGUAAAGGUGGUGGUGGCUGUAGUGGUUGGUGGCGGGGGGUGUGUGUGCAUGGAGGACGGCUGUAUGGAGAAGGAUGAAAUGAAUGGAUGGAUAGAUGGAUGG